AAGUAGUUCUGUGGCUUUGGAUUCUUUAGCAGACGCCAGCUUUUUUGUGAGAAAGGGUAAUCAGAAAAUGUGCAAAUAAUAUAAAUUCUUGAAAAUCUCAUUUCUUGCCAUUCUGAUUACGAAAAUAUGCAGUCCCGUUAAAUAAAUAAAAGCUCCCAAUAAAGACAAAUAAAUAAACAAAAAAGGGUUUGUCUGUCCUAGGCUCCUAGGCAUUGAGCAAUUGACAAAAACCUUUCUUUAUUCCUUGUUCUGGGCUUUUGAGAAUUUUUUAUUAGUUUCAAGAUUUUGCUUAAAAUGUAAAAGCAAGUAGUAGAUAGAUACAGAGAGAGAGAGACAAGAGAGAAAACAGAGAGAGAUGAGAAGGGUGAAGGAGAUGGAGACAGUGGUUUUUGUAGCUCUUCUCAUUUGCACUCUCAGUCUCAGCUUCAUUAAUGCAGACACAGAUCCAAAUGAUGCUGCUGCUAUCAACGCCUUGUAUACCGGUUUGAAUCAGCCAUCACAGCUCAGUAAUUGGAACCCGAGCAGUCAGGACCCUUGUGGGCAGAAUUGGGAAGGAAUUACCUGCUCAGGCUCGAGAAUUGCCGAAAUAAGGAUAUCGAGUAAAGGACUCACUGGAAAUAUGGGGUACCAGCUAGACAGAUUGACAUUUGUGACUACUUUAAACCUUGCUAAUUGUGGCUUUAGUGGCAGUGGUGGCCUUCCUUAUUCCAUAUCACAGAUGAGAUCUCUAGAAUACCUCAAUGUAAGCCACAACAACAUUCAGGGUCAAGUUAAUAUCCAGUCCAACUUGUCUGCUCUCACCACAUUGGAUUUGUCUAAUAAUCAGCUGUCAGAUAAUCUUCCUCAAAGUUUCCAGUUCAUGACAAGCAUACAAAAUAUGUAUUUGCAGAACAAUCAGUUUACUGGGACUCUUGAUGUCCUUACUAAUCUUCCACUUAAAACCCUUAAUGUUGAGAAUAACCGUUUUACCGGAUGGGUCCCACAGCAAUUGAGAGGCAUAAACCUUCAUUUGAACGGCAAUCAACUCAGUUCCGAGUAUUCCCCACCACCGCCACCUGGCACUCCGGCAGCAGCCGUGAGGUCCAACCGGAACCGUGCCGGCGACAGCUCAUCCUCCGGCAUUGGCGGCGGUGCUAUAGCCGGAAUUGUUGUAUCUAUUCUGGUGAUUGGGGCUAUAAUUACAUUUUUCGUCAUCAAGAAAAGAUCGAGAAAAAAAGCAGACACUGACAUUGAGAAUAUCGACAACUUGCCUUUCGCUCCCUUAGCUUCUUCGCAAGAUCCGAAAGGGAUAAUCAAGCCUGUUCAGACAAGUACUUUCGAAGCUCCGGGUGUUACAAAACUGAAACCUCCUCCUUUUGACCACCGUCAUAAGGAGUCGUUCGAUAAUGAAAAGGAUGUAUCUGUAAUGACGGUUAUACCCCCGAAGAAAGUCAACAGGUCACCAAUAGAUGCUAAACUGUUCUCAGUCGCUGACCUGCAGAUGGCCACAGAUAGUUUCAAUGCCGAUAAUCUCAUUGGUGAAGGAUCCAUUGGACGAGUUUACCGAGCUCAGUUGGAUGAUGGGAGGGUUGUUGCUGUGAAGAAAAUAAAUUCGUCAGCAUUUUCCAAUUCCGAGGAUUUUCUGGACAUUGUGGCUGAAAUUUCGAGGUUGAAAAAUCAUCCGAAUGUGACAGAGCUGAUUGGGUAUUGUUCGGAGCACGAUCAAAACCUUCUCAUUUACGAGUUCCAUAAAAACGGGUCCUUGCACGAAUUUCUGCAUAUUGUUGAUGAAUUUAGUAGCGAGCCUUUGACAUGGAGCGCCCGAGUCAAGAUUGCAUUGGGAACUGCAAGAGCACUCGAGUACCUGCAUGAAGUGUGUUCGCCUUCUGUUAUUCAUAAAAAUUUCAAAUCGGCAAAUAUUUUACUCGACGUGGAACUCAAUCCUCAACUUUCUGAUUGCCUGUUAGCCAGCCUCGUCCGUGAACCAGAUCAGGCAUCCGGCUAUAGUGCACCUGAGGUGGCGUUGUCCGGUCAGCACACCAUUAAGAGUGAUGUGUACAGCUUUGGAGUUGUGAUGUUAGAGCUUCUUACGGGCCGUACGCCAUUCGACAGUUCGAGGCCAAGAACCGAGCAAUCUCUAGUCCGAUGGGCGACACCUCAGCUCCACGAUAUCGACGCCCUUUCUAAAAUGGUCGACCCAUCUCUCAAGGGACUCUAUCCCGUCAAGUCUCUUUCACGUUUUGCGGACGUUAUUGCCCUUUGUGUCCAGGCUCCCAUAAACGGGUACGUCAUCGCACGGUCCCACAUAGAACCGGCUCUGAUACCAUGUAAGAAACGAGGGUUGACGGAAAUCUCUCGUGCUCCUUCUGCCUUUUCUGGUAUAGUAAUCUCUCGUGCUCCUUCUGAUCUUACUGGUACAUCAAUCUCUCGUGAUUGUUCUGACUUUACUGGUACAGCAAUCUCUCGUGCUCAUUAUGUAUUUUCUGGUAAAGCAAUCUCUCGUGCUCGUUAUGUCUUUACUGGUACAGCAAUCUCUCGUGCUCGUUAUGUAUUUUCUACUAAAGAUCGUUAUGUCUUUACUGUGUUUGAUUUUGGAUAUUAUCCAACAUAUGUCAUCAAGAACUGGGAGGCAAGAGUUGUUGUUGAUGACGGUUUUUUCAUUCAUAAUAUGAGGUGGGAUACACCUCGUGACAAUGCUAAUGCUGAAACUCGUAAAAAGACCCAAAAGGCCAAGAUUGAUCGAAGGAUACUUUAUGCAUUCACAGUUGAUAUGAUUAAACCUCGUUUCAAUAUCAAUUUUCUUAGUUCAUUUUGGACGAAUGUUUAUCAGCAGCUUUGGGAUGAGAGUUUUGAGUACUGGUUAAAACAGCAUAAUAAUAUGAUUAAACCUCGUUUCAAUAUCAAUUUUCUUAGUUCAUUUUGGACGAAUGUUUAUCAGCAGCUUUGGGAUGAGAGUUUUGAGUACUGGUUAAAACAGCAUAAUAAGCAUGCCCCUGACCUAACUUGCAUGCCCCUGACCUAG